UUUUACAAGCAUGCUUUUUACACAUUUAACUUAGAUCUAGAUCUAGAGUCUAGUAUUCCAAAUCUAGAUCUAGCCCUGUAAUCGGCCUAUAACAAACAUGAAGGCUGCCAUCUUGAAUUUUUCGUCCUCACAAUCAUUCAACGGAAAAGCUGAGAGUAGGUCUAUAGCAACCAUUAUUAGCAUCAAAAUGGAGGACGAUACAAAAAGUAUAACAGUUGUGACCGAUACUGAUGUUUUUCAUCUGAAAGGAAGACCUUGCGAACUUUCUGCUUUUUCACAUAUUCCAGCAAAUCGUCACAAUGUUCCUAAGGAGAGAAACUACUUUAAUUCUUAUUCUAAAAAUUGCUUGUCUGGUUCACGAUAUGAUAGGCAGUUUUCCAUACCUGAUGGCUACUGCAAUAAGAUUCAUAGAGAUGACAGGGAGCAUGCCAAGCUAAGAGGACUGCAUGUUAAUGAUGAGGAGCUUCAGAAAGAUGUUCCAACACUUUCAUCAACUAUUUAUGGUCAGAAACUUAGUCUGCAUGUUGAUCAUCCUGAUAGGAAACAUGUACGCAUUGGUCAUGUUAAAUCAGAGUUCUACAGACGCAAUGGUCUUCCUGAAGGAGUGCUAAAAGCAUGAUACUUUCAAUACCUAAAACCUUCACUAGCAGGAAGAAAGCAUGGUUAAAUACAAUUUACCGAGUAACACAGCCUUUUAGAAAAAUACAUUUUAAACCUUCUUUUGUAUUGCUUACUUAGCCUCAACCAUUUUAUCCAAGGAAAUUUUUUUGAAAGAUGCUCUGCAGAUGUUCUGCUUUUCAUGAACAUUGUUAAAGCAUUGCUUUUCUAGGAUCUGGCAUAAGCGCUUGCUAUAAUUCAUUUUAAAACUCUUAUGUUAUGUAAUUUGUUUCAAAGGUAGAUUUGUUAUCAAAGUUCACUGUACAGAAUAAUUUUAUAGGAGCUUUAGCUGUAUAGAUUUAUGAGAGCCUUCCAUUUUUGUUAGCAUCAUUUGUUGUAUUCAUGUUAAAUGGUUUUAUUGUAAAUGAUAUUGUUACCAAUCAGCAAUGUAAACAUUACAUGCUAGUGGUGUAGUGAUGUCAAUAUAUUUAUGCAUAGUAGAUUACAAGUAAAAAAUGUAAGCUUGAGAAAUGUUUUCCUUGCAGUAGAACAGUGAUACUGUGUACAUAGGCUGGCAGUUUUUAGUUUCUUUCUAUCUGGUUAUUAUUUCUCCAUUGAAUACUGCAUUCUGUUGUUCUAAAUUCUUCAGUAGGUAUACAAUCUGUAAAAAGUUUAUGGAUGGCUCUAUGGUUGUGUAGUAUGCACGCUGAACUGUCGUUUGGUUGUCUCAACAAUCCCUGGUUCUUACCCUGCCUGCUGCUAUCUCCCAUCAUCCUGCAGAAGGUUUGUGCUAAGAUGUAGAUUAUCUUCGAUUCAAACAUGUUAAACAUAUUACCAACAAAACAAUAAUUCUUGGUUAUUCCCCUUGUGUAUAUUUCAAGAUAAUGUAAUUUGAGAAACACUGAUUCUAGAAUGAUGCCAGUUUGUCAUAUCACUGUUCUACUGUAUAAAUAACAGCUCAAUAAAACAAACAUUUUGGAAUAUAUAUUAUGCCAGUAUGUUGACUGUAAAAGUGUGAAAAAUUAUCACCAACACUGGAUCUUAACGAUCAUUUUUUGUAUUUAAUUAGUAUAAAAAUACUAAAGUAAUCUCAGAAUUGAUGAACUAUUUUCUUUCACUUAAAUAAGAGCAAGCAUCUUGUGUUAAUUUGCAUUGAUUAUUCAAUAAAAAAUCCAGUAUUGCAGGUUAAAUAAAAUUUGAAAUCUCUUAGGCUGUCGUUCCUUUUAUUGAAUACAUGUUGAGCCACUCUUUCACUAAGUAGUAACUGUAACCAUUAUAAUGUCUCUUAAAAAUACAUACUAAACAUUUGUACAUCAUUAUCCUUUUCCUACUAGAGACCUGUCACAAAAAACAAAUACUGCAGUCUAUAGCUAGAAUAAAGGCUUAAUGAACAGAUUAUCUUCUUAACACAUUGCUUUCACUUGAUUUUUUUUCCUGGCCUUCCUUUUGCUUUGCAUUUUACAUAUCUUGGACUGCAUAGUCUCAUGUAUGACAUUUUAUUCUUUACUAGGAUUAAAAUUGACAAAUUAUGACAAUCAA